ACCCCCGAACUAACCGACUAAUCGGAGAAAUGGCUUCGAAUAAUGGCUCAGUCGGCAAGUGGGAAGUAGUGAAGAAAGGGAAGAAGAACAGCAGCUCAGGAGGAGGCAACAAGAGCGGGACUGACAAGAAGCCGGGCAGCAGCGGGGGAAGGAAAGCUCUGGGUGAAUCCAACCAGCCGUCCAGACCCCCCCUGAAGAUGUCAGAGACUCUGUAUGACGGCUUUGAGAAGAUGGGAAAGAAACAGAACAAGGAGCAGGUGCCGCCACCACCAGCAGAGCCUGAAAAUAAGAAGCCGUCAUCGAGUAAACCAUCAAAGAAAACGCCACCCAGCAAUACAGUCGCCCCCACGACUCACAGGACCCUCGAGGAAGCCUUCAAAGCCUUGGAUGUUGCAGACCUGAAGCAGCAGUUGGCUCGGAGUCAGACCCUGUUCCCAGAUAACCCAUCAGUGUGGGUCAAAGACCUGGCAGGAUACCUCAACCUAAAUCUGACGGCACCAGAGGCUGAGCCCACACUCAGCAGCUACGCUCACGACUACCCAUACUGCCUUACAGGAAAAGAGCUGAAAGGCGUAAUCAAAGGCCUAAUCGGACGUUGCAGUGACAUCCUGCCAGAUUUCUUUGACCACUGUGUUUAUACUAUGCUCAGGGAGCUGGACAGACAGUCAGGAGAAUCUCUGCAUGGCUACAGAGUUUGCAUUCAGGCGAUCUUGCAGGACAAACCCAGAAUAGCAACCCAAAACCUGCCAGAGUAUUUGGAGUUGCUGCGGUCUGUUCAGAAUCGACCAGUGAAGUGUUUGACCAUCAUGUGGGCGCUUGGCCAGGCUGGAUUUUAUGACCUUAGCCAGGGACUACGAGUGUGGCUGGGUAUCAUGCUUCCUGUCCUGGGAGUCAAGUCCUUGUCUUCAUAUGCGAUUGCAUAUCUGGAGAGACUUCUGCUACUUCAUGCGAACCUGACAAAGGGAUUUGGCAUCAUGGGUCCUAAAGAGUUCUUUCCUCUACUGGAUUUUGCCUUCAUGCCCAAGAAUGCCCUCUCUUCAAGUCUGCAGGAGCAGCUGAGGCGUCUGUACCCUCGACUGAAGGCCCUCGCGUUUGGAGCCAAACCCGAGACCACCUUACACACAUACCUGCCAUCAUUCCUGUCCAGAGCCACGCCGCACUGCCCAGAUGACAUGAAGAGAGAGUUGCUCAGCAGUAUGACGGAGUGUUUGUGCGUGGAUGUUCAGAGUCUAGGAGUGUGGAGGCAGCUCUAUACUAAACACUUACCCCAGUCCAGUCUGCUGUUGAACCAUUUAUUCAAAUCCUGGAAUAUUCUGCCUCCAAAGCUCCGAAAGAACCUUGAAGAAACAAUCCAGUCUUUCAGAGUGACCAACGAGGAGAUGAAGGACACCAUCGAAACUCAGGAACUUCAGGAGUGCAAUAACCUGUGCCAGAAUCUGCAGGUGAAGAUGCGUGGUCGUGGGUUCCCCUGGUCCAAACUGCUCAUGGUUCUGCUCGUGUUUGCUGCUGGUUUCAUCGCUCAUGACAUCAGAUCCCAGGGCUCCUUUGCAGAUUCCACCACAGCGAGGCAUCUGCGUAACUCAGGCGUCACAGCGGUGUCUCAGCAGGCCUGGGGCAAAAUAGCAGUUUACUCCAAACAGGGCUUUGGCUGGUUGGAGACAAACACCCCUCACUAUUACUCUGAGUGUGUGCGGGUUUUGGGGCCGCUGAUGGAACAAGGUUUAGAAAAGGCGAAAACAGCAGCCAUCUUCAUCUCUGAAAACACCACGCAGUUUAUUCUCUGGGUCAAAGAAAAGACGCCGCUCGCAAUAGAAUGGGUGAACACAAACACCCCAGACAGUGUGUUCCAGCUGUUGGCUUAUAUAAGGGAGCUCCUCCUCCUCCUCCAUCAGAACUACAUCCUGCCAGCACUGGCUUAUAUAUCGGAGCUGCUACAAAGAGCAUGGACCAACCUACAGGACUCUUGCAACGGUGAGGUGUCUGUAUCGUGUCUGCAGGCGCACGCCGUGUCCUUCACCAACUCAACGUGGCAGCUGCUCCAACACACAACCUCAGCCAUCAAGACGUGGGCUCAGGAGCUUCUGACACGAGCGUGAAAACAUCACUAAUUUACACGCAUAUAAAAUAUACACACACAUUAAAAAAAAUAUACGCCCACACACACACUCACUGACCCAAUCUGAGGUGGCCUUUCAGAGCGUCGGCUCUCCUCGUGCUGUGAUUGGACACUGUGGGGUCAGACAAACAGACUCAUUUCAAAAAGGACUCUUAUCUCUUGUUCUGGCUAAAUUUUUUAAAUCAGUUUGCUGUUGUAUAGAUGUUUUUUUUUCUACCAAUCCUUUUGUCACUGCUGGAUGCAGAGGUCGUUUUUCUCUCUCUGUCCCUGAGUUUUCUACUGCAGUCAGCUGUUGCUUUAACCUUUUUGGGUUAAACAAACUAAUUUAUAGAAAGUGUAGGUUUGUAGAUGAUUUAUAAACCAUUUUUAUUUAAAGAUAUUAAAAAAAAAAGUGUUAUGUGAAAACUUGGUUAAGGACAGGGAAAAGACCAAAAAACAUAUUCCAGACUUCUUCAACCAACGUAGACCUCAUCGGUUAAAUUCAGAUUCAUCUCCCAGUCUUUGUCCAACUCACUGUGAAGUCAGAUGCGGUGUUUUGUGUGUAUCAGGCGCAGUAAAGCUCGUUCGUCAUGCCUCUCAGUGGUAGAGCCUUGAAGAGGAACGAUGUUGUGGGCAAAGAGUCACAUCUGCUGGUAGUUUAACUCGUGGAGACUUGGAGUGGACAGCGUCACCCGAAACAAGACAAAGAGGAGUGUCACAUGAAUCAAAAAGUUCCAGAAAAAGAAAGCAAAGAAGAAAUCUACAUUCUGUCUUAUGUGCACAUUUUCUUGCCUUCUCUUUUGCUGCUUCAUUAUAUGUCUGCUGUCUCUCCUGCUUUUUCAUUUGCCAUCAGUAGCUCAACACCUGAGCGAAGAAGCAGCACUGCCGUCUAAUCAUACUUGAAGGCUAAUGAUAUUCUGUGUGUGCGUGCGUGUGUGUGUUUGCGUGUGUGCCGGUUGGCAAACAAAAUAAUUCUCAACAAUGGGAUCAUGAUAAACCCCGUGCCAACAUCCUCCUGUAUGCGGAUAUAUGUAUGACGAAUAAAUAAGAAUAAACCUCUCCUCUGGUCAAGGCAAACAUGUAAGACCAGCUGAUUCAUGAAGCCCUCCUUACAGAAAGAUAUAUGAAUGGAUAUGACUUAUGUCUUACUUUGUAAUGUAAAUGAUUUAUAAUAAAGACUUCAACCCCA